GCAAUAAUAAGAGUUAUAGGAGUGCAUUGACCUCAGAAUCGAAUGGUUGAUCCGUGGUUGAUUGGUCACUUUUUAGCAUGGUUUUACGCAGAAGCGAAUAUAGGAGCGCUUCUUAUUGUAUAUCGCCAAAUGAAAUUCUAUAUGCUAAAGAGUUAAGCGAAAUAAUUCUUUUUUUUUUACAAUGUUAACGAUUUCAUUUAAUAUCUAAUAAUAACAACGUCGAAAAGGAUUUAUAGUGUUAAUGAAAGAAAAAGAAAGUCAAAGGUAAAGAGAGUGAGACAGAAAUUGCGAAUCAUCUCUUCCGAGGUCUCUUUCUUAACACUUUGUAGCGCAUCCGCGUUUCACGAUUCUCUGGAUUAUUUUACGUUUGUGUACGUAUAUAUAUAUAUGUAUAUAUAUAUAUAUAUACACAUAUCUACGUACUCGGUUUCUCUGCGAGACCAUCGGAUAACGUGUACACUUUCAAAGAGAGCUUUUAGAGUAUUUCGAAUAAUUUUUCUUUCAUUUCGAUCAUCUUCCAAAUUUUUCUAAAAAUAAUUACGCUAUAUAUAACGCAUAAAAAAACAAUUUCUUUUCAAAGGAAAUCUCGAUAUUUCUACCAUUUGUUUUUCUUUAAGUCAAAUAAAUUUGACUUCAUCAACGAAGAAAGGAAUACAUCCAAUACGUUCAUUUUAGUUCUGGCAGGUUGACUGCUCCUUUAUUAAAGGUGUUUCAAAAGAAUGGCACGUGGACAACAAAAAAUACAAUCCCAAGCAAAAGCAGCAGAAAAAGCUGCUAAAGUAAAGAAACAACAAGGACAUAGUGCGAAUGAACAAAAAAAGGCAGCGCAGAAAGCAUUAGUUCAUGUAUGUUCAGUUUGCAAGGCUCAGAUGCCAGAUCCAAAGACUUAUAAGCAACAUUUUGAAAAUAAACAUCCUAAAAACGAACUACCUGACGAUUUGAAAAAUAUAUGAGGGUAGGAAUGUCUACAAUGGAUCGCACAUAAGGAGAUGCAAAAAGAAAGAGAGAGAGAGAGGGAGAGAAUAACUACAAUUGAGUGAUAUAGUUUAAGAUUCAUCCAAUAUUAAAAUAGUUUCAAAACAAAGAAAUAAACAACACCCCAUUAGUGUUUUUAAGAAACUGUUUCGCAGUUACAGAGAUGAAUUAUUAUGCACAUUUUAAACAUUUGCGCAUAAUUCAUGAUGUGCUUGUGGUAAAUUUGAUUUGUAAAAAAAACCUACAUUAUUCAUAAAAAUCAUACCUUAAUCACACUACUUUUUAAUAUAGCACGAAUGCAUCAAAAUCUGUACAUUGCUAAAUAAAUAAUUUAAUGACUUUAGUAAAAUAAUAAUUUCGGAAUAUGUGACUUAAUCUAAUAGAUUAUAGAAGACGAUCAAUCUUUUGUUUAUUUUAAAAUUAGAGGUUGCAUUUGGAAUACAACAAAAUAACAUUACAACUUUUACAGAUUUAUAUAAUCUGAAAGGAAGAUUAUUGAAUAGAUUAUCUAAACAUUAAAAUUUCGUUUAAGAAAUAUAUUAAGUAUGCUAUUGAGUUUUUAAUAUUCAUAAAAUCAUUACCACAUCAAAUAAUAUAUUCUUAGAUCAUCCGCUUGUGUUGUUUCGUUAAGUUGUGUUUAUCUUGAAAGAAUGUUAAACUAUAAAAAAAAACUGCCAAUUUAGAGAGAUUGUAUCGAUUAUUAUCGAAGCAAAUACUAUAUAGUUGAAGUCCUUUCUAUGUAGAACUUUGUCAAUUUAAGGAUAAUUUCUUUUAAAAUCACAAUUUUAAAACUUUAACAUGGAUGAAUUAUAUGUUAAAGAGAGAAGUAGAAAAUUGUACUUAAAUUGUUAAUGUUAUAACAUAUGGGAUACUUGAUAAUAUAUAAAUAUUUAUAUAUAUAUAUAUAUAGAUCAAGUGAAUUUAAUUUGUCACAUUGUAUGCUUCAUUUGCCCAUGUGUGAAUAUAUGAAUGAUCAUCAUUUAACAUUAAUUAAAAUACAAUAUUCUUUUAGUAUUACUCUGUAGAAUUUACAGUAAUACGUUGUACAUUAACUUUUCAAAAAUGAUUUUUAUAAUUUUCAAGAGGCAUACAUUUCAAAUAUAUUUAUUUGUAAUCUCUAUUAAGUUUAACAUUUGUAUUGUGAAUAAAGUUUAGAAAUAAACUCUUA